AUGUAUAAUCCUGAUAUCUACGUACAUAUCACCCCGGAGGUCACCUUCCACUUUGAGAACUACGGUACCAAUAAGAUCCGCGGCCUUUAUGGCAUAUUCAUCUUCUCCCUCAACCCGGAGGUCGCACGCGGCCGUCAAAAUUUCUCCGAGACGACUUUCGAUGAGAUUUUCUUCCUGACCAAUGUGAUUCGUUGGCCACUGAUUGCGGUCCAGCGUGUGGCCGACAAAGUUUGGCCUGGGGACAGCAACGGCCCUAAUCGCAACCCCUGCCUAAUUUACGAGUGUGAAAUAGCCAACAGCGUUCACGAAAUUAUUCUCAUUACUUUGGAACGGAUAGUAAUUCUCGUUUUGGCCAAUGUCUUCAGGAUUUUUUACGUCAGGCAUCUGCGACAAGAGAAGAAGGUUUUUGGAAGCAAUGCAAAGUUUAUUCUCCAUGCCGAUGAUAUAUCUUAUGUGAAGGAAGCCAAGCACGUAUCUACUGCAUCAGUAAGCAUGAAAAAUCAUGUGCACUUAAUAAUAAUCCGAUUAUUCCUUUACAAUGGAGACCAGUUGUGGACUGCACCCGAGCUACUGCUGGACGAGACUACAGCCUUCGUCGGAAAACAGCGGGGCGAUGUGUACAAUUUUGCCAUCAUAGUGCACGAGAUAUUCUUCCGCACAACUCCCUAUGGGCUACCGGACACACCUGCGGAGGGGAUAGUCAACAAGGUCUGGGCGGGUGAUCCUCUCUUUCGUCCACAGAUUUCCAAGACGGAUAUACCACCGGCCUAUCUGGAAAUCAUGCAGCGAGCUUGGUCCGAAAAACCGGAACACAGACCGACGUUCGACGAAAUGAACGAACACCUACAGCUGAUGACUAUGGGAAAAAAAACCAACAUUGUCGACCACAUGUUUAAAAUGAUGGAGAAGUAUUCGACAGAGCUUGAGGAACAAGUCAGUGUACGUACUGCAGAGCUGGAGUCGGAGAAACGCAAAAAGGAAUAUCUCAUAGCUCGACUCCUUCCACCUGUGGUGGCCGAAUCAUUGAAGUCUGGAAAUUCGGUUGCACCCGAAACCUUCGACGAGGUGUCCAUCUACUUUAGCGACAUUGUCGGAUUCACGACCAUCUCAGCUCUCUCAACUCCACUGCAAGUGGUUGGUCUGCUGAAUGACCUCUACACAAUGUUUGAUGCAACCAUUGAUAACUACGACGUCUACAAAGUCGAAACCAUUGGAGACGCCUACAUGGUGGCCUCGGGGCUGCCCAUACGAAAUGGUAGUCGUCACGCAGGAGAAAUAGCCAUGAUGUCCUUGGAUUUGCUCAGUGGCUGCGGCACCUUCAAAAUUCGACACAUGCCGAACGUCCCCCUUCGACUACGCAUUGGGCUGCAUACAGGUUUGCUAAAAGAUGACUUCGUGUUAAUACAUAUUGAACCUGACGCAAAAUCUGGUACACUCCAAAGUCUGCUUUUAGAGUAUAUUAGCGAACAACCGGCAUCGCUGUGUUGCCCCCUAAUAUUGACGCACUGCCCGCAUACUGACUCUGCCUUUUGUAGCUCAUGGCUUGGGAUACAUUUAGAAUCGUCCGUCGAUAGCAAAUAUCAAGUCGAGGGAAUCAUUGUUGCGCUUAGUGUCAAUGUUUCCAAAGAUAGAGUAAGUUGCGGCUGUCGGCUUACUGUAUCAGAAUUUGUGAAUUCCGUACUUUUCAGUAGACUGGGCGGGUAA